ACGCAUUUCAUCUCACUGGCGAAUGAUGUAGUUAAGCGAGACAUAUCAUUUGGAAAUAUCCGUCCUUUCCGCUCUUCCCCGUAAGAUAUAUCUUGGGGCAAGUUGCGCCGCUCUGCUUUACCAGGCUUUCACAACCCCAAGCGAAGUAAACACUUUGUGAAUCGCUCAUGGCCUCCCAUCUGAUCACAACCCCUGCGCUGAUCUGUGCCAUAACUGGUGUGGGUCUGCUACAAUCGUGGUACAGGAAGCGCAACAAACAUCACCUUCCUCCUGGCCCAAGAGGUCUACCUAUAAUAGGCAACGUUCUGGACGUAUCGGAGGACCUGGAAUGGGAAAGAGCCUUUAAAUGGGGAGAGAAAUACGGUCCUAUUGUUUAUACUGAGAACCUUGGAAUACCGUGUAUUUACCUGAACUCGUACCAGGCAGCAGUCGACUUGCUUGACAAAAACGGGCUCAACUACUCGUCAAGGCCAAGAAAUCUGGUGGUAGAGCUCGAAGGCUGGACUGAAUGGUCGCCAAGCUUGAUGCCAUACGAAGAUGAGCUCCGGAAGUCGAGAAACAUACUACAUAGGUUCUUACAGCCGUCAGCUGUAGGAAGCUAUGCCGAGAUCCAAACGCAGGCAACCCACAAGCUACUUGAACGCCUUUUAGAUAGUCCUGACAGAUAUUUUGAUUCGAUUCGGCAAAUGGCAGCAGAGAUAAUCAUGCUGAUGACGUAUGGCCACAAAGUUUCUGAAAAAGACGACCCCUUUAUCAAGAUUGUAGAGCAAGGUAUCGCAGCAUUUGUGGAAGCGUCAGGGUCCUACCUUGUGAACGUAAUUCCCUGGUUACAAUAUUUGCCCUCUUGGUUCCCUGGCACAAGUUUCCAAAGGGUUGCUUGUAAAGGGCGCAAACAUUUACAGAACAUGAUUCAGACACCACAUAAUAUGGUGAAAAAGACGUUGAUGGAUAGUGCAAGUAAACCCUGUAUGUCAGCACAACUUAUGAACGAAAACAUGGAGAGCAAUGGCAACAUAAAGGAUGAAGCUCUUAUUGCAAAAGUGGCAGGCGUUACAUAUUCUGGUGGUGCUGACACGACUGUGUCUGUCAUGCUUACAUUUCUCCUUGCUAUGGUGCUACAUCCGAGUGUCCAGAAACGAGCACAAGAGGAGCUGGAUAGAGUGAUUGGGAGGAAUAACCUCCCGUCACUUGCAGACCGAGAGAACCUUCCAUAUAUCGAAGCUGUAUGCAAGGAAUGUUUGAGAUGGCAGCCUGUGACACCUCUAGGAUUUCCACAUGCAGCAGCAGAGCAAGAUGAAUACAAUGGCUAUACUAUUCCUGCUGGUGCAGUGAUAUACCCUAAUGUCUGGGCAAUGCAGAGAGACCCGUCGAUGUAUGCUGAGCCAGAGAAGUUUAUCCCAGAACGUUGGAUGGCUCUGGAAGGGACAGAGCCUCCGCCAGACGUAUAUAAGAUAACGUUUGGAUUUGGAAGACGAAUUUGCCCGGGGCGUUAUUUUGCAAUUAACUCAAUCUUCAUAGGUGUUGCAUCUAUCCUGUCGACGUUUAACAUUACCAAGGCACUUGACGAGAAUGGUAAUCCAAUCACUCCGAAAGCAGAUUAUACUCCACUUAUUGUCAGGCACCCGAAACCAUUCAAGUGCUCCCUGACCCCUCGUUCAGAUGAGAUAGAAAGGGUUGUCCGCCAAGCAGCUGAGUCUGUCGAGUAA